AGUCCAUGUUGAGCGGGUUUUCAUUCCUUUGUCCGUAGUUUGCAUUCGACCUACACAAAUAAUGAUGACGUAGUGCACUUCACGUUUCUAAAAAUGAGUUUAAAAUCGACAAAAAGAACACUUUCCUCGCCUAUAAAGGAUGAGACAGACGUCCCUACCAAGAGGGUUGACAGGGGAAGACAAUGCCCUUAUUUGGACACAAUCAAUAGAUCUGUCCUUGAUUUUGACUUUGAGAAGUUGUGUUCUGUUUCACUGUCCCAUCUGAAUGUGUAUGCCUGUUUGAUCUGUGGCAAGUACUUUCAAGGUCGAGGGCAGAAAUCUCAUGCUUACACACACAGCGUACAAGAUGGCCAUCAUGUCUUUUUGAAUCUAGAGACUCACAAGUUCUUCUGUCUACCAGAUAACUAUGAAAUUAUUGACCAAUCACUUGAAGAUAUCAUAUAUGUGUUGAAUCCUACUUACACCAAGAAGUUCAUAGUGCAGUUAGAUAGGAACCCGAAGAUGUCGCGUGCCUUUGACAAAAGUACAUACUUACCUGGGAUUGUAGGCUUGAAUAAUAUCAAAGCUAAUGAUUACUGCAAUGUUAUCCUUCAGGCACUUUCCCAUGUUUCUCCCCUCCGGAACUACUUUCUGCAAGAGGAGAAUUACAAGGGAAUUAAGAGGCCACCUGGUGACCAAAUGUUCAUACUAGUGCAACGAUUCGGGGAAUUAAUACGUAAACUGUGGAAUCCUCGUAAUUUCAAGGCCCAUGUGAGUCCACAUGAAAUGUUACAGGCUGUCGUCCUAUGUAGUAAAAAGAAAUUUCAAAUAACCAAGCAAGGAGAUGCGAUAGACUUCAUCUCCUGGUUCCUGAACUCCCUGCACCUGGCUCUUGGGGGUGGUAGGAAAUUGUCUAGUAGCAUCAUAAACAAAGCAUUCCGAGGAACCAUGAGGGUCUACACCAGAAAGAUGCUGCCUGAAGACUUGAAAGAAUCUGAGAGAAAGAAGUUACUCACUACAGAGGAAUAUCAAGAACGAGUUGAAGAAACACAGUUCCUAUACCUUACAUGUGACCUGCCACCCCCACCUCUGUAUCCAGAUGAGCUGAGGGAGAAUAUUAUCCCACAAGUGCCACUGUACACAGUGUUGGCAAAGUUCAAUGGCGUCACAGAGAAGGAAUACAAGACUCACAAAGGAUCUCAUAUGAAGAGGUUUGAGUUAACUAGGCUACCCCCAUAUAUCAUCAUGUAUGUAAAGCGAUUCCACAAGAAUACAUUUAUAGUUGAGAAAAACCCUACUAUAGUCAACUUCCCAAUAAAAAAUAUUGACUUUGGUGACUUGUUGUCCCAGGAGGUGAAGGCCAAUCAUAAACAUACAUGUUAUGAUCUCGUUGCUAACAUCGUCCAUGAUGGAGAACCUGGGCCAGGAAAGGGAGCCUACAAAUUGCAUGUCAUGCACAAGGGCAGUGGAAAGUGGUAUGAACUUCAAGAUUUACAUGUGGCAGACAUCUUACCUCAGAUGAUAACAUUAUCAGAGUCAUACAUACAGAUUUAUGAACUGAGAAAAGAUACAGAAAACAGUGGACCUGGUGUUUGAACUUACAAAGUAAUGAAUUUCAACUAAAGAACUGGAAUGGAUGAUAUGUGAACUCCUGCUAUAGGAAGUCAGUGUUUUUAAAUAGGAACCAUCCAAUUGGACAUUCUUAAGUGUGUCUCUUAAACCCUAAAUUCUUGAUACAUGAGAAAUCUUAAUAAAGCCAGAUCCUGAAUAUGAUAAGAUGGGAGAUGUGCACCUAAAGAGAGCAUUUUUGCUUUAAUUUACAAUUAAAAAAUGUUAUCCAUAAAAGAACAAUAUGUUGCUCACGUCCAGUUAUGAACAAUGUAGUUAUAGAUGGGUAGAAGAAGAGAUAUACCAUUCGAUAGAAAAGCUGACAAUAAAAAGUGGACAAUCUCAUUAAGGAAAUGGACCCUGUCAUUACAAAUAUGAUUCAGAUUCCAGUAUUGAUAGUGAUAAAAAGACUUUCUAGUUGUAUAUUUAUGAAAA